AAAUAAGUACUUUUUGCCCUUAAACAAAAUGGCUCUCAAAACUUCCAAUUGGGGUAAGUCUAUACUCCUGGAAGUCUUUCUCUAUGGUUCUGAGGAGCCAUUAAACAGGAAAGCGGGCAACCUCUUCCUGUCAGCAACGUAAACCUAAGUGGAUGACGCGGCUUGUCUGCAAGAAGGGCAGCAUUUCUAUGGAGAAAAACAGCGUGGGCGCACGCGCAUAAUUACGUCACUCCAAAGCGCCCCUUCACCUGCGAGUUGCCGCCGGAGCAUCUAGUUUGCGCCUGCGCAGGAGUGUAAUACCCGAUAGGGUUGCUUUGCGAGAGUAAGGAAAUGGGUGUGCGCGGCUGCUUCUUAAAGGGAUAGAAUCCUGGAUAGAGGGAGCCUGAGUAAAGGAAGAAGUCGCCUGAACUGCAACCUGGAGGGUAACAGAGGAGAGAAUAGGACGGAGUUCAACAGCGCCUUUCCGGUUGAAGCACAAGGACUGGUUAUAUCUCGUCCCUGCCUGGUGAGAUCAUCCCUGCUUUGGCUAAUGGUGUAGCAAGGGGAAGGGUUUUGUCUCGCAGCACACUAACGUCACCACCUUCACUGAACUUCAAGAGUGGCUGAAUAAAUGGAGCAGGAGUGCCUGGCUCUUGUUGCUGCCUGUGUUCAAACCUCUCAGUUGCUAGUGCAACAAUGGAUGCUCAACAGGCGCAGUGUGAUUUUUGCAAUAGCGAGGAUUUUGCAGCGGAGGCGUUUCCGCAGAUCAGCUGCAGUGCUGAGACGUAUCCUCUCGGCUAGCGUUCGGCGGAAGAGAGCCCUUCUGCGCCUUCACCGAAAUGCUAUCGUCUCUGUAGUCACUAUGGUGUACUCGUCUUCUCCUGCACUCCACUACGAGCACGAGCUGAUGGCCUUGUCUGAGCGGUCACACUGGAUGCUUCCACGGUGCAGUGAAUGGUGGGAGCGGAUGAUAAAUUCCGAGCAGGAUGACAAGUGUUGGAUUUCCUUGUUCAGAAUGUCACGAUCUACGCUGAUGUACAUUGCCGAGGAGCUGCGCCCUGCCCUGCAGCGUCGAGACACUGGCAUGCGGUCACACAUCCCUGUUGAAAAAAGAGUUGCCAUGACCAUCUGGAAGCUAGCUCACCACGACAGCUACAAGACCGUCUCGGAGCUCUUUGGGGUGGGAAUUUCAUCAGCUUGCUCAAUAUUUGAAGAGGUGUGCGAGGAAAUAAACAGCAGGCUGCUGGCCCAAACAAUUAAGCUGGGAGACCCGCAGGAGAUCAUGGAGGGCUUCAAGGAGAUGGGUUUCCCCAAUUGCCUUGGCGCAAUUGAUGCAAUACACAUCUCCAUUCUUUGCCCCCCAUUCUCUGCCGACUCCUAUAUUAAUUGCAAGGGCUUCUAUUCUAUGGUGUUGCAGGCACUGGUGGACAGCAAGUCCCGUUUCACUGAUAUCUAUGUUGGCUUUCCUGAGCGAUCCCAUGACUCCCGCAUCUUGCACAACUCUCCUUUUUUCAACAGCAUGGACGAGGGUACUUUUGGGCCACAAACUCCAACAGUGCUAGAAGGUGUUUCAAUGACCCCUGUCAUAAUUGGGGAUCCUGCGUACCCGCUUCGCCCCUGGCUCAUGAAGCCGUAUCCAGCGCCCAAAACUGGCGCCCAGGAGAAAUUCAAUGAGAGACUUGCCAAGUGCCGAGCGUGCGUGGAGAGAGCUUUUGGGGUCCUGAGAGCACGCUGGAGAUGUUUGCAGAUGAGGCUAGAUGUGAGGGAGAAGCUCAUUCCUGUGGUCAUUGCCACAUGCUGCAUCCUGCACAAUGUCUGUGAGAUCAAAGGGGACGAGUUGCUGGAGCCAUUGGAAAGUCCUGCAGCUGCUGAAACCCAGAAUGCUUCAGCCAGGCCAAGGGUGCCGUUAUCAGAAGCUGGACUGACCAAGAGAGCUUGCCAGAUUAGAGCUGCUUAUUGCUCAUAUUUUGAAAAGAACCCUCUGUAAAAAAAAAAAAAAAGUGGGGGGGGGCUCAUUUGUCGAUGUAACUUCAGUGGUAUGUUUGUCCUCGUAGUAUGGAGACUGUGUUUUAUACACGUCAAGUAAAAAGUUGUGAUUUUGAAUAACCUAUUGCUUUAUCUUCUGACAAAUGGUUUUUUUAAGGUAAUGGCUAUAGUGGAACUAGAACCACUGAUGGUGUAAAAUGGAAAGGGUCAGAGAGCAAUUUUUCUGAGAGUUGUGGCAAUAUAAAUCCUCUUUGUCUCUAAAAUAUUAACAAAAAGACACAGCACACUUGCCUAAUAGCUCCAGCAAAUGAAAGUGUAUUGAUUCAUUCUUUACCCUGUUAGAAAGCACACUAUGACUGCAAUCCUAUGCACACUUACCUGGGAAUAAGUCUUACUAAACUCAGUGGGACUUUCUUGCAGCAGCAUUCUAUCAUGUUUACCCAGAAGUAUCUCAAAAUAUUUGGGUUGGCCAGUCCCAUAUCCAGAUUUUGGGGGUGGGGGGGAAUCCACAAAGAUUCUGAAAAUGCAGGCCACUCAAGUCUCUCUAAUCAUAAAUGCAGCUUUUAUGCUACUUUGCUACAUGAAGUUAGCAUCUUCUGGGUGUCAUCCAGAAGUUGUUUGAGUGCUGGAGUUCAUUUAGUCACCUAGGGUCUUUUGAGGUAAGAUGAAUGAAUUUCAUGGGGAAUGGCUGGCAUAUGAUUUAUUUGAACAGGUAACCAGGAACCCACAUAAAGAACCAGUUUGGGCAGUCAUAUCUUAGCUUAUUUAGCCAAGAUAUAAGCAAGACUUUUGCUCACACCAAAACCAGGAAUCCUCUAAUUAAUCAUAAUUUCCAAGUUUGGUCAAAACAAGAAACUGUGGUUACUAAUAGGCUUAACUAGAGCGUGUACCAAAGGAAGGAGCAAAAGGACUAUGUGCAGAGGCAAAGGGCUUCUAUCUAUUUCAGCCUAAUAAACCAAAAUACAACUGUCCAAAUACAGCUGAUAACUCUUACUUCCUAUGUCUGGGCAGACAUGGUUUUAUUCCAGCUUGCAAAUCAGAAAUGUAGGCAACACUUAAAUCGUGGUUUCUCAGUUCGGAUGUUGAGCAAAACUGAUUUAACAAACCAGGCACAUGGGAAGAGAUAAGGGAGGAAAGUCCCAUCCUCAUUGCUUGUUCCUCCUCUUAAAAAAACCAACAACCUUUUUUGGAGUAGCAGUGUUAAUGUCUGAAGUGCACCAUUUCAAGAAAGGAAACAAGAAAAACACUUUUCCUUGCUUCCGUAAUGAAGAUUGUUCUAGGACAGCUUAUUUUUCAAUUGAUAGGGAAACCGAACACAGAACGAAUGCAUUCAAGAUGGCUGCUAUUGCACUAAUGCCCUGCUUGGUAUCUAAUUGCUAAGGAAUGGCCAACUUCGAGGGGAGCAUUCUCAAGCUCCAGUGGAAAGCACUAAUGGGUGUGACUUGGUGGCACGUGCUCGGCAAAUCCUUUCACAAGCCAAUGUUGUGCAGACACACAGAAUGUGUUGAAAAAUAGUUUGACUUUGAUACGCUAUUUGUCACAACUAGAACAUUGGGCAGCUGGUGGGGUCAUUUUAACAAUGGUUUUAAACAAAAUUGUGGCGUGUCCCUCUACUUAAUAUACUGUAUAUAUUAAAUAAAUUAUAGUGGUGUGUGGGAAAUCAACAAGAACCAAAUGGCAUUCAUAGCUUCAGUAUUCCUUAGUUGUCUGACAUUCUCCUUUUUAAAUUGUGUAUUUGAUUCCUGCUUUUUAUUUAUAUAUAUACACACACACACAAUUUGUUGUAUUUGCAUCCUUUCUCAGACAGCACCUUUCUUAGUGGCCAGGAUUUAAGUUGCAGCAGAGCUCACCUAGGCUUCGCUAUAGAGCACAGACGUUCUCUGAGAGAGUCUCUGGAUUGUCUCCAAUUAAAUUCUACUCGAGCAGACCCAAUGAAAUUAAUGAAACUAAGUUAGUUGUGUCUCAUUAAUUUCAGUAGAUCUGCUCUGAGUAUGACUAACAUUG